AAGCCUCCAUACAAAGAGGAGAACCAGUGUACAAACCAAGGCCAUCCGCAAAGGCCUAGAGCUUGAGGAGGAAGAAGGGCAAGCCUUUAGUAAAAAUGCCGAUUUACAGAAUCGCAAUUGGGACGCCGGGGGAGGCCAGCCACCCCGACGCCCUCAAAGCCGCCCUUGCAGAGUUUUUCUCCAUGCUCAUCUUUGUUUUUGCUGGGGAAGGCUCGGGCAUGGCUUUUAACAAGCUGACGGAUAGUGGGUCGUCAACACCGGCGGGCCUGGUGGCAGCUGCUCUAGCCCAUGGCUUCGCUCUGUUCGUGGCCGUUUCGGUGGGUGCGAACAUAUCUGGCGGACAUGUGAACCCGGCCGUGACGUUUGGAGCCUUUCUUGGCGGACACAUAACGUUGUUGAGAGGCCUUUUGUAUUGGAUUGCCCAGCUCCUGGGAUCUGUCGUUGCAUGCUUGCUGCUUAAGUUCUCCACCGGUGGAUUGGAAACUUCUGCAUUCUCCCUAUCCUCUGGUGUGUCGGUGUGGAACGCCCUGGUUUUUGAGAUUGUGAUGACCUUCGGCCUGGUUUACACAGUGUAUGCCACAGCAGUGGAUCCAAAGAAGGGGAACUUGGGCAUUAUUGCACCUAUUGCAAUUGGUUUCAUAGUUGGUGCCAACAUCUUAGCUGGUGGUGCAUUUGAUGGUGCUUCCAUGAACCCAGCAGUGUCAUUUGGGCCUGCUGUUGUUAGCUGGUCAUGGGCCAACCACUGGGUCUACUGGGCCGGGCCUCUCAUCGGUGCCGCCAUUGCCGCCAUCAUCUACGAUCACAUCUUCAUUGACAAUACACAUGAGCAACUGCCCACCACAGAUUAUUAGGAGCUUGCUAUGAAUUUCAGGGGAAAAAUAAGGGAAUGCAAUUAGGAAAGUUGAUGGGCUUUUCUUUGGGCUGGUGGGGUUGAGAUUUCUUGUACUCUUAUUAGGUGUUUGUUGUUGGUGUUUCUUUCUAUCUUGUAGGAGUUGUUGAGAGUUUUUCUUGGAUGUUUCAGUGGAACUGUCUGGUUUGUUUGCAAUCACUUAAUUGGGAAGCUUUUAUGAAUCA